CCUUGUCUAUUCCACUUGAGCUCCCCUCCCUGCCGAGGAACAGGCUGGAGCACCAUUCUUGUGCCAUUCAUCCCCCUCAGCCCAGGAUCAUUGUCCCACUACCACCAGCCAACUGAGGAAUUCCAUGUAUUUUGUGCAAUGCAGCAGCCCACCCCUUGCUGAUGUGACAACGGCCCCUCAGGAUCAUGUGAAGCUUUCUUACUAUUGAUUACAACUCUGUGUUUUUGGGGAGCAGGAGUGGGAACUUAUCUACUGUAUGUGCCACAGAGAGGUGUGAUCCUUCCUGGUGCCCCCUAAGUGCCACUGAGACCCAUGAACCCCUGAAUAGGUAACUCUUUGGAUAAUCUGUAUGCAUUUCAAAGAAGAGUGCGGCCAGAGAAAUGCCACGUACAAAAGUUUAUCAGAUAUCUCCGUUAGCGCUUCUACUUUUCCUUUUAGCGUGCAGUGGAGGCAACGCCCAAGUGCAAAGGGCAGGCUGUAAGAAUGUUCACUAUGACUUGGUCUUCAUCUUGGACACCUCUUCAAGUGUAGGCAAAGAAGACUUUGAAAAGGUUCGGCAGUGGGUAGCAAAUUUAGUGGAUACCUUUGAAAUUGAACCAGAUAAGACCCGCGUGGGAGUUGUGCGGUACAGUGGGAAACCUUACACUGAGUUUGAUCUGGGAAGAUACCAGACUCUGGAGGAUGUGAAAGAAGCUGCACGAAAUAUAAAAUAUUAUGGAGGAAACACCAACACUGGGGACGCACUUCAAUAUAUAACAACGUACAGUUUCUCUGAAGAGGCCGGUGGGAGGCCUAGGGACAGGGCAAUUAAAAAAGUAGCCAUACUCUUGACAGAUGGACGGAGCCAAGAUCUGGUGCUGGAACCAGCCACCGCUGCUCAUAAAGCAGGAAUCAGGAUAUUUGCCGUAGGAGUUGGAGAAGCUCUGAAAGAAGAACUGGAUGAGAUUGCCUCCGAUCCCAAAUCAGCUCACGUCUUCCACGUGUCAGACUACAACGCUAUUGAUAAGAUCAGAGGAAUUUUGAGAAGAAGGCUCUGUGAAAAUGUCCUUUGUCCAAACGUUAGGAUCGAAGGAGAACGAUUCAAACACAAAAAUGGCGAAAGAGAUGAAAUUCCAGGUUUUGACCUCAUGGACCUUUUCCGCGUGAAAGAGAUGUUCGGAAUGAAGGAAAACGGAGUGCAGAGUUCUUAUAUCCGACUUGGAACCAUGCCCAUCGUGCAGCAGACUGAGGACAUAUUUCCACAAGGACUUCCCGAUGAAUAUGCCUUUGUAACCACCUUCAGAUUCAGAAAGACUUCCAGGAGAGAGGACUGGUAUAUAUGGCAAAUUAUUGACAAAUAUGGAAUCCCACAGGUGUCUCUGAGACUGGACGGGGAAAAUAAAGCUUUGGAAUACAGUUCUGUCGGCGUCACCAAGGACGCGGUGAAGGCAAGCUUUCGUGGAUCACAAGUUAGUGAGUUGUUUGACCGAAACUGGCACAAGAUAGCCAUGAGUGUCCAGUCCAACACGGUUUCGCUUUAUAUCGACUGCAAACUUGUCAUGACUGUCCCCAUCGAAGAGAGAGAAAAUAUCGACAUUCAAGGAAAGACUGUGAUUGGAAAACGCCUUUAUGACAGUGUUCCUAUUGAAUUUGAUCUUCAGCGAAUCGUUAUAUACUGUGAUUCUCGACAUGCUGAACUGGAGACUUGCUGUGACAUUCCCAAUGGGCCUUGUGUAAUCACUGUAGUCACGGAACCGCCCCUUAUUGUGCCAACGCCCACACCCGCCGAACAGAGGGUCACGCAAAACAUUCUCAACUGCUCUCACUGCCCGUAUGGAGGAAAGGGUGAAAUAGGUUUACCAGGUCCAGAAGGUCCAAUGGGACCAAAGGGAGAAGAAGGCAGGGCAGGAGCCCUAGGACUGAAAGGAGAGAAAGGGGAGCCUGGAAGGAUUCUUGCAGCAAAAGGCGAAAAAGGAGAACAGGGAGAGACAGGAAAACAAGGGGUUUCUGGAAUCAGAGGAGAAAAAGGAGAGAAGGGAUCUAUUGGUUUAUCUGGGGCUUUUGGAAGAGAAGGGGCCAAAGGAGAGAGAGGAGACAGGGGUGAGAAGGGUGAAACCGGCAUUGCAGGCCCCCCUGGGCUUCAGGGAUUAGAAGGACCAAGAGGACCAUCUGGAACUUCUGGCCCAGUCGGGUCUCCUGGAUUGCAAGGGGAAAGAGGAGAGAAGGGCUCCAGAGGGGAGAAGGGUGAACAUGGAAUAGAUGGGUUUCCUGGAAAGAUGGGCCCAGAAGGGAGAGAGGGUCCUAAGGGCAGCACUGGGUUACCAGGUGCACAUGGACAUAAAGGAGAAAGGGGUGAAAAAGGAGAAGCUGGACCUCCAGGACUGCCAGGCAAUGCUGUGCAGAUUGAAGGCCUAAAGGGAGAACAAGGAAUUCCUGGGCCCCGUGGUCCACAAGGUCUUAUGGGGCCACCUGGAACUUCAGGACCAGAGGGCCCAAAAGGAAGCACCGGACUCCCAGGUCUUGAAGGGCAGAGGGGUCAAAAAGGAGAAGACGGUUUGGCAGGAAUUGAUGGUCUAACUGGAGUUGAGGGCCCCCCUGGACCUGCUGGUGUUGCUGGACCACCAGGACCUCCUGGUCCUCAGGGACUGCCUGGAGAAAUCGGAUUUCCUGGGAAACCGGGGAAAAUAGGGCUCACUGGGUUACCUGGAAAACAUGGAGCCGAUGGAGUCUCUGGACCUAUAGGUCCUAAGGGAGAACAGGGAGAGAGAGGUUUGGACGGGUUUCCAGGCAAAAUCGGAAUCAAGGGAGAAAGUGGAGAGCAAGGCCGGACUGGACCUGCUGGUGAAAAGGGAGAAGCAGGCCCACCAGGACUUCAAGGAGCUGAUGGACGAAGAGGCGACAAAGGGGAUCAGGGAGAAAAGGGAAGUGCUGGACAAGCUGGAUUUAAAGGAGGAAAAGGAGAUAAGGGUGCGGUUGGACCUCCUGGUUUGCCUGGCACAGCACAUACGGUAGAUCCUGUGACAGGAGAGCCUGGACUUCCAGGUCUCCCAGGGGAGAAGGGUGAAAAGGGAGAACAAGGAGAACCUGGAGAGCCUGGUCAGAAAGGAGAAUCUGGAAAAGAAGGUCCAGUGGGGCCUAUAGGGCCAAAGGGCUUGGGAGGACAAGAUGGAAUGAAAGGAGAACUGGGCCCAAGAGGAGACAUUGGCCCACAAGGACCCGCCGGCCCCCCAGGACUGAGAGGAUUGCCAGGAAACGUGGGGAGCCCAGGGGACACUGGCUUGCCAGGAAAAGAUGGUCAGAAAGGUGAAAAGGGAGAAGUUGGGAAAGAAGGAAAGGUUGGUUCACCAGGACCUCCAGGGGAAGCAGGUCUCGCAGGCAUACCAGGUCUUCCAGGCAAAGGAAAAAAUGGAGAACCAGGAGAACGCGGUGACCCAGGGCCAUCUGGACCUACUGGCUUAAAGGGUGAGAGAGGGGCUGCGGGUGUCCCGGGGCAACCUGGUAACAGGGGGCCCCCUGGGAUCGGAAUUGAUGGAUCACAAGGACCAGCCGGCCCUCCCGGAGAGAAAGGAGUUCAGGGCAUAAGGGGCAUGGGAGGACCUCCAGGUCCUCAGGGACCUCCUGGACAAGAUGGUUUUCCAGGAAACCCAGGGGAACGAGGACUUCCCGGAGAGCCAGGCCUGGCCUCAGCAAUUUCUCUAGGAGAACUAAAUUUGAAGGACAUCUGCAAGGACUGCCCACCGGGGCCCCCUGGACUUCCUGGAAUGCCAGGAUAUAAAGGAGACAAAGGUCUUCGGGGAUCACCAGGAAGGGACGGCAUUGAUGGCAAAAAGGGUGAACCUGGCAUUAUGGGUCCUCCAGGUCCAACGGGAUUGGAUGGAAUGAAGGGGGGUAAAGGAGAUAGAGGAACUUAUGGGGAACCAGGACAAAAAGGAGAACAGGGAAUACCAGGAAGGCCUGGCUUUAAUGGACCCCCCGGUGUUGUUGGCCCACCUGGAGCAGAUGGUCUUCCAGGACCAAUAGGCCCACCAGGAUCUCCAGGAAAUAAUGGUAAAGAAGGUCCACUAGGUCCCCAAGGACCUCCAGGGCUACCAGGACUUCCAGGCAUUGCUGGGAAGGAUGGAAAGGACGGGAAACCAGGAUCUCCUGGAGAAACAGGCAAACAAGGAGAACCUGGUAUCCCAGGCCGAGAAGGAACCAGAGGGUUACCUGGUUUCAAGGGACACAGAGGAGAUGCUGGGCCACCAGGUGCCAGAGGGGAACCGGGUGCAGCUGGAUCUCCAGGACGAGAAGGGAGUUCAGGAAAGGAUGGUGAUCAAGGACCUCCAGGGCCUCAGGGACCAAGAGGGAUUCGAGGACCACCUGGUAAAAAUGGACAGCCCGGCCCACCAGGGACCUCCGGUGUUCCAGGGAGUCCUGGCCCCAAGGGAAGCAACGGAGACACUGGCAGUGCAGGAAUGCCGGGAUUUCAAGGACCUAAAGGACCAAGGGGAGAACCUGGAGAAAGUGGCCUACCAGGAAAAGAGGGCCCAACCGGAAAAGCUGGUGACCGAGGAUCCAAAGGAGACCGAGGAGAUGCUGGCAUUAAAGGAGAUAAGGGGAUGCAAGGAGAAAAAGGUCAACCUGGAGAACCUGGUCCACCCGGACAUAAAGGUCACACUGGAUUACUAGGGCCAGCAGGACCACCAGGAGAAAGAGGCCCAUCUGGGAUGCCAGGUCCACAGGGGUCACCAGGAUUAACUGGUCCAAGGGGAGACAACCCGUCACUGGAUACUCUACGAAGGCUCAUCCAAGAAGAACUAGGAAAACAGCUGGAGAGUAAACUAGCCUACCUCAUGUCUCAGAUGCAACCAGCACAUAUCAAAGCUGCACAAGGCAGACCUGGACCUCCAGGUGUUUCUGGAAAAGAUGGACAUGAUGGUCGUCCUGGUCCUCCCGGGGAGCCAGGAAUACCAGGCCUAAUGGGAAGCGAAGGACCGGCAGGACCAAUGGGUCCAAAAGGUGACAGGGGCCUCAAAGGGGAGAGAGGGGAACCCGGAGUUGGAAAGAGGGGAGACACUGGCCCACCGGGAGCACCAGGUCUUGCGGGUGAGCCAGGAUAUGCUAAAGACGGUCUACCAGGAACCUCAGGACCUCAAGGAGAACCAGGAUUACCAGGUUCUGCUGGACCUCAAGGACCACCGGGUCAAAAUGGACAAUGUGAUCCAUCACAGUGUGCCUACUAUGCAAGUCUUGCUUCAAGACCUGGCAAUGUCAAGGGACCUUAAUUUCUUGGAACAUCUGAAGAACCAACAGACAUUUUAAAUCAUCCAAAACUGGAGUGCAAGAAUAUUUGAUGGGUUUAUUUGUUCUCUUCACUCUAAGAAAAACCUUAGGAAAAUGUUUGAUUUAGGUUUUUUUUUUUUCUUUUGUUGCUUUUAUUUUUAACAGAAGACACCACCAAUUACUGCAGGUCGGUGAAGACUAAUUGAUUUCCUCAAUUUCUUUGGGAAAUACAUAUAUUUUUGGUUCUCUUGUUAUACGUAUCUUUUGUUUGAAGAUAGAAUCGUACUUUGAAAGUGCAAAUGCUUAUUUAAUGACAUGUUGGAGAGAGACAAGCAGUGGUUCACUCUCUCCAGAGAUGUUCAAACACAAGGUUUUGUAGGUACUACAGGACCUUUACAUGGUGCUGACCAUAGACUGGUCUCUAUCAGUUCAUUCAUGCCGUUGUUUGGGUAUAGGCCACUUUAUAGUCAAGCUAACACCCACCAAGGUGCUAAAUAAUCAAGAUCCGUCAAUCUAUCAUUUAAAAACAUGAAACAAACUGAAGUACUGUAACGUUAUGUUAAAGUGGCAGAAAAUGAUGCAGUUCCACAGUUCAUCCUUUAAAAAAAUGCCUUCUAGAUGUUCAUUAAACCUGAAGGGAAACUAUGAAAAAUCCUACCUAUCUUUAAAGGGAAACUAUACCCUGCUUCUAUUGUGUGUUUUUUUUACCAGUUAUCAUCCAUAUAAUAGACAGUUCAUUCUUUGCAUUGGUGCAUGAAGGUAAGAGUGAUGGUGCUUACAGAGAUGAACUCCAUAAACUUCAGUAGAACCUUAAAACCAAUGGCUAGGAAUAGAUACUGCUGUUUUCUAGGAGAAAUAUCCAAAUCUGUAUCCUUAAAAUUACUUUUGUUUAUUAGGAUCUACCCUCUACUUCCUGAAAGCCUUCUAAUAAAAAGAACUGUAUAGCA